ACUGCUGUUUGAGUGAACAAUCCUAUCAGAUUGGGGGAAAAUUGGAUAAAUUAGGGUUUUAAAAAUGGCCAAUUAGGCUGGGGAAAAGAAAAAUGGCAACUGCAGCAGAGCUGAAGAAAGAGCUUCAGAGAGUGGUGGAGGCUUUAAUGGAGGAAGACGACGACGAUUUGGACGCUACCGAAAAUGCAAUUGAAAUUUGUCUUGCUCUUCAAAAAAAUCCACCUCCAGAAUUCAACUGUCCGAUUUCUGGUGUUCUUAUGAGACACCCUGUUGUCCUCGCCUCUGGUCAGACAUAUGAGGAGCAAAUUAUUGAAGAAUGGCUGAAAGAUGGGCAUCAAACAUGCCCACUAACCAAUCAGCUUCUUCCCCACACUGCCCUAAUCCCAAAUCUUUCAAUCAAGAAAAUGAUUGACAACUGGUGUACGUUGCACAGAUUUGAGAUCCCCAUCGACGACGAUGAAACCCAAGACUUUUCGGCAAACGCAAACGCAGAGCAUUUGAUUGAACUUCUCGAAAAACUUUCGUCCACUUCCGAUCGAGCCGAUGCUGCGAAAGAGCUUCGUUUUCUCACAAAAAAAUUCUCCUCUUUCCGGGCUCUUUUCGGAGAGACUAAGGAUGCCAUUCCCCGAUUAUUCUCUCCGAUUUUGAUCCGAAACACGAAUUCUGAUUCCGAUCUGCGCAACGAUUUGGUUGCAAUAGUUUUGAAUAUCUCCACUCAUGAAAGCAACAAGAAAAGGAUAGUGGCAGGAGAGAACAGCCCAUUAGCCGUUUCUUUUCUCGUCGAGUCGUUGAGAGACGAAAAUGUAAAAACGAGAAGCAAUGCUGCUGCAGCCAUUUCCUCUUUAUCAACCCUCGAUUCAAACAAACACUUGAUUAGUAAAUCGGGUGCUAUCAGGGCUUUGAUCGAGCUAAUCGAAGAAGGGCAUCCAUUCGCUUUGAGAGAUGCUUGUUUCGCAAUCUUGAAUUUGUGCACCGUUUUCGAAAACCGGGAAAUAGUCGUCCGGGAAGGAGCCGUUAUGCCUAUUGUUGAGAAGAUUAUCGAUUGUGUGCUAGUCGAUGAAAUGCUCGAAAUUCUUGCAAUGCUUUCGAGCCACGAGAGGGCGAUCGAGGAGAUUGAAGAGUGUGGGGUGAUAUUUUGCUUGUUUGGUGUUUUGGGAGAGAAUGUAAGUGAAAAGAGCACCGAAAAUUGCGUUUCGAUUAUUUAUAAUGUGUGUUUUAGUGAUCGGAGAAAGUUGAGGGAGAUAAGUGAAGUGGAGAAUGCGUACGAAAUUUUGUCUCGAGUAGCGAAGAGUGGGACUUCGAGGGCUAAGAGGAAAGCGAACGGGAUUCUUGAGAGGAUGAAUAGGUUUGCUUUUGCUCGACUGAAACAAUAACCGGGAAUUUUUCACGUGCAGUGGCAGAACCGUAAUUUUAUCUUCGAAGACCCGAAAUAUACUUUAAAAAAAAAUGGUGGCAAACGAAACUACACUGCUUGAAAAAUAACAAAUGUGUAUACUUUAUAUUAAAUACUAGAUAUUUUAGAAACAUUGGUCA